UUAUGGCUGCCUUGCAGACCCAGUGGAGUUGGAUUCUGCAGCUCUGCUGCUGUAUUGAGGCCCAUCUGAAGGAGAACACGGCGUAUUUCCAGUAUUUCUCGGAUGUGAACGAUGCAGAGAAUUUCCUGAAGAAAUUGCAGGAUUCGAUGAAGAGGAAGUACGUGUGUGACCGCUCCAUUACCGUCACUCGCCUCGAGGAUUUACUGCAGGAUUCCAUCGAGGAGAAGGAGCAGCUCUGUGAUUACAAAUCCCACCUGAACGGCCUGAGUAAGAGAGCGAAGGCCAUCGUGCAGCUCAAACCUCGCAAUCCAGCUCAACCUCUGAAGGCCAACCUCCUGGUGCAGGCUGUGUGUGACUACAAACAGAUGGAGAUCACCGUGAAUAAGGGAGAUGAGUACAUCCUGCUGAAUAACAGCCAACCCAAUAAAUGGAAAGUGGUGAGUGUGUCCGGUAAUGAGGCACUGGUUCCCUCAGUCUGCUUCACAGUGCCACCCACCAACAAGGAAGCUCUGGAUGCCAGCAACAGGCUGGAGAGCACCCACCAGACCCUGGUCACCACGUGGCACCAACUCCACACUGAUAUGCAGAGCCUGCUGCCCUGGUUAUACCUUCACCGUGACAUGCAACAGGUUCACUCCUGGACCCUGCUUACGUUUCGGAGUUUGAAUCCGGAGGAUUAUAAGCAGAUUCUCUUGAACCUGGAGCUCCACUAUCAGGACUUCAUGAGGCAGAGUCAAGAUUCCCAAAUGUUUGGAGCAGAUGACCGAAUUCAGUUGGAGAGGGAAUACAAGCUGACGACUCAGCACUACGAGAAGCUGCUCCAGAACCUGGAGAGAGGGGAGCAGGAUGAAGCCAGUUGUAAACAGUAUGUGACACAGCUGAUGGAUAUCCGGCUGCGGCUGGAAUCCUGUGAGAAGCGAACAAUCCACAAAAUCCGUCAGCCUCUGGACAGGGACCCACUGGGAGAGUGUAAGCAGCGACUCAGUGAACAGCAGAAAAUCCACUUGGAGCUGGAAGGGAUUCGGAAAGAUCUGAACACGGUGACAGAGAAGACAGAGAAAGUCCUGGCCAUGCCUGAGCAGCUGAGCAGUGCACCCACACUGCGCUCCGAACUCGACCUGACCACCCAGAAGAUGGACCGGGUCUACAGUCUGUCUGCUAUCUACCUGGACAAAUUGAAGACAAUUGAUGUGGUCAUUCGCAGCACACAGGAGGCUGAGGAUUUGGUCAAGAAAUAUGAGACUCAGCUGCGAGAGGUGAACAGUGUUCCAGCAGAUGCAAAGUCAUUGGAGUCCUACAAAAAACAGCUCAAGGGAAUGCGAGUGGAGGUGGGUAAUAACCAGCCAAUCUUCACUAACCUGGAGAGUGAGCUGAGCAAAGCCAAGGUGGUGAAUGAGCGAAUGAUUCGCAGUCACAGUGAGAGAGACGUGGACCUGGAUCGAUACCGUGAGUGUGUCCAACAACUCCUGGAGCACUGGCAAGGAAUCCAGAGCCAGAUCGAUACCCGCUCCCGGGAACUCGACCAACUGGGACGGCACCUCACCUACUACCGCGACGCUUACGAUUGGCUGAUCCAGUGGAUUCGGGAAACUAAGGAACGUCAGGAAAAGAUGCAAGCUGUCCCCAUCAGAGACAGCAGCAGCUUGAAACAACAGCUGCAGCAAGAACAGAAAGUCCUGCAGGAAGUUAUGAAAAACCGAGAGAAGGUGGAUGAAUGUGAGAAAUUUGCCAAGCAGUACAUUGAUGCCAUCAAGGACUACGAGCUGCAGUUGGUGACAUACAAAGCUCAGGUGGAACCCCUCGCAUCUCCAGUGAAGAAACAGAAAGUCACAUCAGCAUCAGACAGCAUCAUCCAGGAGUACGUUGACCUGAGGACCCGCUACAUUGAGCUGAUGACCUUGUCCAGCCAGUACAUCAAAUUCAUCACCAUCAACCUGCAGCAACUGGAAACUGAGGAGAAAGCUGCAGAGGAGCUGAAAGCUGAGGAGCGCAAACGUUUGGAAGAAGUGGAGGCCCAGUUAGAGAAACAGAAGCAGCUAGCAGCUGCUCACGCAAAGGCCAAAGCCGACGCUGAGAAAGAAGCAAAGGAGCUACAGCACAGGAUAGAGGAAGAGGUGAGCAAGAGGGAGGCAGUAGCACUGAAUGCAGAAAACCAGAAGCAGUAUGUUCAACAAGAGUUAAACCAACUGAAAAGCUCCUCGGAAAUUGAAAUCAAGAAGAAGACAAAGAUGGUGGAGGAUGUUCUCCUCAGCCGUACCAAGAUUGAGGAGGAGAUUCGAAUUAUCCAGUUCCAGUUAGAGACUUCCCAGAAACAGAGAGAGUCCGCUGAGUCAGAACUCCAACAACUGAAAGCACAAGCUGAGGAAGCAGAGAGACAGAGGAAGACAGCACAGGACGAGGCUGAGAGACUUCGCAAACAGGUGAACGAGGAGUCCCAGAAGAAGAAACAAGCGGAGGAGGAACUGAAGCUGAAGAUUCAGGCGGAGAAAGAUGCUGCUCGUGAGAAGCAAAAGGCUUUGGACGAUCUGCAGCAUUUCAGGAACCAGGCUGCAGAUGUGGAGAGGAGGAUGAAGCAAGCUGAACUGGAGAAGGAGAAACAGCUUCUACUUGCUCAGGAAGUCGCUCAGAAAAGUGCCGCCGCUGAACUCCACAGCAAACGCCUCUCCUUUGAGCAGAAAACAACUGAACUGGAGUUAUCCCUGAGACAGGAGCAUCAGACUGUGACCCAGUUACAGGAGGAGGCUACGCGGUUAAAACGGCAACAGGAGGAUGCAGAGAAUGCCAAGCAGGAAGCAGAGAAGGAGCUGGAGAAAUGGCGUCAGAAAGCAAACGAGGCCCUUCGCUUAAGGCUGCAGGCAGAAGAGGUGGCACACAAAAAGUCCCUGGCUCAAGAGGAAGCUGAAAGGCAGAAGGAAGAAGCCGAGCGUGAGGCCAGGAAGAGAGUGAAGACGGAGGAAUCUGCGCUGAGGCAGAAGGAGAUGGCUGAGCAGGAGCUGGAGAAGCAGAGGAAGCUGGCCGAUGAAACGGCACAGCAGAAACUCUGUGCAGAGCAGGAGCUAAUCCGUCUGCGAGCACAAACUGAGAAUGGGGAGCAGCAGAGACUCCUCCUCGAGGAAGAACUGUACCGGCUGAAGAACGAGGUGAGUGAGGCUCUGCGCCAGAGGAAGCUAUUGGAGGAGGAGCUGGCCAAGGUGAAAGCAGAGAUGGAGAUGCUGCUGCAACUGAAACUGAAAACUGAGGAAGAAACCAGGUCGACGACCGAAAAGACCAAGCAGAUGCUGGAGACCGAGGCACAGAAGAUGAAAGAGCUGGCGGAUGAGGCAGCAAAGCUGCGAGCUGCAACUGAGGAAGCCAAGCGCCUGAGACAGAUCGCUGAAGAUGAAGCCUGUCACCAGAGGAGUGAGGCUGAGAGGAUCCUGAAGGAGAAACUUGCUGCGAUUAAUGAUGCUACUCGCUUGAAGACAGAGGCAGAAAUGGCACUGAAGGAAAAGGAAGCUGAAAAUGCGCGUCUGAGGCGAUUGGCCGAGGAUGAGGCCUAUCAACGGAAGCUUCUGGAAGAACAGGCCAUGCAGCACAAGCAAGAUAUCGAGGAAAGGAUUACUCAGCUGAGGAAGAGCUCUGACCUUGAGUUGGACAGGCAGAAAGGUAUUGUGGAGGAGACUUUGAAACAGAGGAGGAUCAUUGAGGAAGAGAUUCAGAUCCUCAAACUGAACUUUGAGAAGGCCUCGGAAGGCAAGUCUGAUCUGGAAAUUGAGCUGAGCAAGUUGAAGAACAUUGCAGAGGAAACUCAGCGCAGCAAGAGAGAGGCUGAGGAGGAGGCAGGCAAACAGCGAGCACGGGCCUUGGAGGAAGCAAAGAAGAGGCAAGAGGCCGAACACAAAGUGAAAGAAAUCCUCGCCGCUGAGGAAGAGGCUGCUCGGCAACGCAAGGCUGCACUAGACGAGGUUGAGCGGCUGAAGAAAAAAUCAGAAGAGGCCUGGAAACAAAAGGAACUGUCAGAGAGAGAGGCAGAGAGGCAGAUCAACCUGGCACAGGAGGCUGCUCAAAGGCGGAUUGAUGCUGAGGAGAGAGCUCACUUAGCCACAGUGCAGCAGAAGGAACAGGAACUGCUACAAAGCAAGCAACAGGAGAAGACGAUUGUGGACAGCCUGAAGGAACAGGCCGAGAAUGCCAAGCACCUGGCAGAGGAGGCUGAACAGGCACGUCUGAAAGCUGAACAAGAGGCAACGUUCUGCCGACAACAGGCAGAAGAAGCUGAGAGACUGAAGGAACAGGCAGAGAAAGACGCUCAGGGAAAAGCCAGGGCUCAACAAGACGCUGAAAAGCGGAGGAAAGAGGCCGAGCUUGAAGCUGCCAAGAGAGCGAAAGCUGAGGAGGCAGCUCUGAAACAGAAACAACUGGCUGACGCAGACAUGGAGAAGCACAAGAAGUUUGCUGAGCAAACGCUGAGACAGAAAUCGAGUGUGGAGCAAGAACUGACUAAAGUGAAGCUGCAGCUGGAAGAUACAGACCACCAGAAAUCCAUCCUGGAUGAAGAGUUACAACGUUUGAAAUCGGAGGUGACAGAGGCCAUCAAACAGAAGACACAAGCUGAGGAUGAACUCUACAAAGUCAAAAUCCACAUGGAAGAGCUGAUUAAACUGAAGACGAGGAUUGAAGAAGAAAACAAGAUGUUGGUUUUGAAAGAUAAGGACAACAUGCAGAAGCACCUGGCUCAGGAAGCCGAGAAGAUGAAGAAGCUGGCUGAGGACGCAGCCCGGCUCAGUGUAGAGGCACAAGAAUCAGCCCGUCAGAGAAAACUCGCAGAGGAAGACCUGGCCCAGCAGAGAGCACUGGCUGAGAAGAUGUUAAAGGAAAAGAUGCAGGCAAUUCAGGAAGCAAACCAGCUGAAAGCAGAGGCAGAAAUGUUACAGAAACAGAGAGACCAAGCCGAGGAACAGGCAAAGAAACUGUCAGCAGACAAACUGCAGAUGCAGCAACGGUUGGAGGCCGAGGCUGAAGAAUUCCAGAAACUUCUGUUGAGUGAACGUCAGCGUCAGGUUGAGAUCAGUGAGGAAGCUCAGCACCUGAAAACGUUAGUCUCAGAACUGACGGAGGCUCAGGCCAGAGCCGAGCAGGAGGCGAAGAAAUUCAAAACCGAAGCGAAGGAGAUCAGCGUGAAGCUUCACGAUAUAGAACAGGCAACGCGAGAGAAAGCCAGCACCGUGCAGAAACUGGAACUGCAGUGGGUCCAGAGUAAGAGAGAAGCCAGUGAGCUACAGGAUGCCAUUGCAGCCUUAGAGAGCGAGAAAGAGAAACUCAAACAAGAGGCAGAUCUACUCCAACAGAAAGCAAAGGAGAUGGAAGCAGGGCAGAAGAAGGAAAUUGCUGAGACCACUCAGAUCCUUCAACAAACUUUCAUCACUGAGAAAGAGCUUCUGCUGAAGAAGGAGAAGAUGGUUGAAGAGGAAAAGGAGAGGUUAGAGCGACUUUAUGAAGAUGAACUGAAGAAUUCCCAAUCCCUGAAGGAUGAACAAAGUGAACAAAUGCAGAAACUGGAGGAUGAGAAACGCAGGCUUCAGGCCAGUAUGGAGGAGGCACUGAGAAGGCAAAAGGAGGCAGAGGAUUUGGUUCACGAUAAACAAAAGGAAUUGCAGGAAAUGGAAGAGAAGAGACAGCAGAAAGAGAAGCAGCUGGCUGAGGAGAAUCGGAUCCUGAGAGAGCAACUGGAAGCUCAGAAAAAGAUCAAAGAGAUGGCUCCAAUUCAACAAGUGACAGUCACUCCAGUGAAGGCCAUUUCCAAUGGCAGGGACAUGGUGGACUUUGCUGCCGAAAGUGAAGACACCAAACUGACUUUUAGUGGCCUUCGACAGCCAGUGACAGCUGGUCGUCUGCAGGAGGCGGGCAUCUUGAGCAGGAAGCAGUUGGACAAACUGAAGAAAGGUUCGGUAACAGUGCAGGAACUGUCCCAAAAAGAACACCUGAAGACUUAUCUGCAGGGCAAGAGCUGCAUUGCUGGUCUCAUCCUUGAGCCUAGAAAUGAGAAACUUAGCAUCUAUCAGGCAAUGAAGCAGGGAAUAUUGAAGCCCACAACAGCCACCAGCCUGCUGGAGGCCCAGGCAGCGUCUGGUUUCAUCAUUGACCCCAUCAGAAACAAGAAGCUGCCAGUCAAUGAGGCCAUUAAGGAAGCUGUGGUUGGACCAGAACUUCAGGAAAAGCUGCUAUCUGCAGAGAGGGCAGUGACUGGUUACAGGGAUCCCUACACGGGAAACACCAUCUCCCUGUUUGAAGCAAUGAAGAAAGACCUCAUCAGUCCGAACCAUGCAAUCCGUUUACUGCAAGCUCAGAUGGCGACUGGUGGUAUCAUUGACCCUUUGAACAGCCAUCGUCUACCCUUGGAGCAGGGCUAUAAGCAAGGCAUCAUUGAUGAGAAAAUGAGCAAAACACUUCCCAGCGACACUGAUGAAACCAAAGGGUAUUUUGACCCCAAUACCCAAGAGUACCUUACUUAUUUCCAACUGAUGGACAGGUGUCAACUAGACCCAGAGACUGGGCUCUGUCUCUUACCAUUGACUGAUGAAGCAGUGACACACACAGAGGGUUAUACAACAGAACAAACACGGGACAUCUUCAGCUCAGCCACAGUAUCUGUCCCAUCCGGAAAAUUCUCUGGAAAAACGGUCACCAUCUGGGAAUUGAUAAACUCCGAGUAUUUCACUGAGGAACAACGUCGGGACCUUAUCCGACAGUACAGGUCAGGAAAAGUCACCAUUGAAAGCAUCAUCAAAUACAUCAUUACAAUCAUUGAUGAGACUGAAGCUAAAAAACAGCUUCUGUUUGAUGGUUUGAGAGACAAGGUCCCUGCCAGUGAGUUACUCGAUUCGAAGAUCAUUGACAAGAAGACAUUUGAUGGGCUUCAGAAAGGAAAAGCAACACCAGAAGAUGUUGGCAAGUUGGAUUCAGUGAGGAGGUACCUUCAGGGGUCAGACAGUAUCGCUGGAGUGUUUAUUGAACCCACAAAGACAAAGAUGAGCUUUUACGAAGCCAUGAAGAAGAAUAUGUUGAGUCCAAGCACAGCAGAAGCCUUGCUGGAAGCUCAGGCAGGGUCAGGGUUUAUUGUUGACCCUGUGAAGAAUCGAACCCUCACUGUCGAUGAGGCAGUUAAAGAAGGUCUGGUAGGCCCAGAGCUCCAUGAGAAACUUCUGUCAGCAGAGAAAGCUGUAACUGGGUACACUGACCCAUACACUGGCCGCAAGAUCUCCUUAUUUGAAGCUAUCAAUAAGAACUUCCUUCACAAGGAGCAUGGGUUGCGCCUCUUGGAUGCCCAAAUGGCAUCUGGUGGUAUCAUUGACCCUGUGACCAGCCAUCGUCUACCCAUCGAAGUAGCCUACAAGAGGGGAAUGUUGGAUGAGGAGAUGACUCGCAUGUUGUCUACUCCCAGUGAUGACAAUAAAGGAUUUUAUGAUCCAAACACAGAGGAGACCCUCACUUACCAAGAGCUGAAAGACAGAUGCAUAAAGGAUGAUACAACUGGGGUUUACCUGCUGCCUUUGAAUGAGAAAGCUGUUGCGUUGAAACCAGCUUAUGAUGAGGAACAGACAAAAGAUACUUUUAAAAAGACAACAGUCUCCGUUCCUGCUGGCACUUUCACUGGGAAAACAGUCACCAUCUGGGAGCUGAUUAAUUCUGAGUAUUUCACUGAGGAACAAAGGAGGGAUCUGAUUCGACAAUACCGAUCAGGAAAGGUCACAGUUGAGAAGAUCAUCAGAAUUGUCAUCACGGUGAUUGAAGAGAAAGAAGCAAAGAAGAAACCACAGCUUCUGUUUGAUGGUCUGAGAGACCAGGUUCCUGCCAGUGAGUUACUCGAUUCGAAGAUCAUUGACAAGAAGACAUUUGAUGGUCUUCAGAAAGGAAAAGCAACACCAGAAGAUGUUGGCAAGGUGGAUUCAGUGAGGAGGUACCUUCAGGGGUCAGACAGUAUCGCUGGAGUGUUUAUUGAACCCACAAAGACAAAGAUGAGCUUUUACGAAGCCAUGAAGAAGAAUAUGUUGAGUCCAAGCACAGGAGAGGCCUUGCUGGAAGCUCAGGCAGGGUCAGGGUUUAUUGUUGACCCUGUGAAGAAUCGAACCCUCACUGUCGAUGAGGCAGUUAAAGAAGGUCUGGUAGGCCCAGAGCUCCAUGAGAGACUUCUGUCAGCAGAGAAAGCUGUAACUGGGUACACUGACCCUUACACUGGCCGCAAGAUCUCUUUAUUUGAGGCAAUGCAGAAGGACCUCAUACCCAAGAAACAUGGCGUGCCUCUCUUGGAUGCUCAGUUGGCAUCUGGUGGUAUCAUUGACCCUGUGACCAGCCAUCGUCUACCCAUUGACGUGGCCUACAAGAGGGGAAUGUUGGAUGAGGAGAUGAGUAAAAAGUUGUCCACGUCUAGCGAUGACAUUAAAGGCUUCACCGAACCAAACACAGACGAACGUGUCACGUACCAACAGCUGAGGGAGAAAUGUCGAACUGACCCUGACACAUCACUUCUUCUGUUACCAUUGACAGAAGAGGCAACUAAACGUGUGGAUGUUCACCCUGAGGAGGUAACUAAAGAGGUUUUCCAAAAUGCUGCAGUGACUGUCCCAUCCGGAAAAUUCUCUGGCAAAACGGUCACUAUCUGGGAAUUGAUAAACUCUGAGUAUUUCACUGAGGAACAACGUCGGGACCUUAUCCGACAGUACAGGUCAGGAAGAGUCACCGUGGAAAAGAUCAUGACAAUUGUUGUUACAAUCAUUGGUGAGACUGAAGCUAAAAAGCAGCCUCACUUUGAUGGUUUGAGAGACAAGGUCCCUGCCAGUGAGUUACUCGAUUCGAAGAUCAUUGACAAGAAGACAUUUGAUGGGCUUCAGAAAGGAAAAGCAACACCAGAAGAUGUUGGCAAGGUGGAUUCAGUGAGGAGGUACCUUCAGGGGUCAGACAGUAUCGCUGGAGUGUUUAUUGAACCCACAAAGACAAAGAUGAGCUUUUACGAAGCCAUGAAGAAGAAUAUGUUGAGUCCAAGCACAGGAGAGGCCUUGCUGGAAGCUCAGGCAGGGUCAGGGUUUAUUGUUGACCCUGUGAAGAAUCGAACCCUCACUGUCGAUGAGGCAGUUAAAGAAGGUCUGGUAGGCCCAGAGCUCCACGAGAAACUUCUGUCAGCAGAGAAAGCUGUAACUGGGUACACUGACCCUUACACUGGUCGCAAGAUCUCCUUAUUUGAAGCUAUCAAUAAGAACCUUCUUCACAAGGAGCAUGGGUUGCGCCUCUUGGAUGCCCAGUUGGCAUCUGGUGGUAUCAUUGACCCUGUGACCAGCCAUCGUCUACCCAUCGAAGUAGCCUACAAGAGGGGAAUGUUGGAUGAGGAGAUGACUCGCAUGUUGUCUACUCCCAGUGAUGACAAUAAAGGAUUUUAUGAUCCAAACACAGAGGAGACCCUCACUUACCAAGAGCUGAAAGACAGAUGCAUAAAGGAUGAUACAACUGGGGUUUACCUGCUGCCUUUGAAUGAGAAAGCUGUUGCGUUGAAACCAGCUUAUGAUGAGGAACAGACAAAAGAUACUUUUAAAAAGACAACAGUCUCCGUUCCUGCUGGCACUUUCACUGGGAAAACAGUCACCAUCUGGGAGCUGAUUAAUUCUGAGUAUUUCACUGAGGAACAAAGGAGGGAUCUGAUUCGACAAUACCGAUCAGGAAAGGUCACAGUUGAGAAGAUCAUCAGAAUUGUCAUCACGGUGAUUGAAGAGAAAGAAGCAAAGAAGAAACCACAGCUUCUGUUUGAUGGUCUGAGAGACCAGGUUCCUGCCAGUGAGUUACUCGAUUCGAAGAUCAUUGACAAGAAGACAUUUGAUGGGCUUCAGAAAGGAAAAGUAACACCAGAAGAUGUUGGCAAGGUGGAUUCAGUGAGGAGGUACCUUCAGGGGUCAGACAGUAUCGCUGGAGUGUUUAUUGAACCCACAAAGACAAAGAUGAGCUUUUACGAAGCAAUGAAGAAGAAUAUGUUGAGUCCAAGCACAGGAGAGGCCUUGCUGGAAGCUCAGGCAGGGUCAGGGUUUAUUGUUGACCCUGUGAAGAAUCGAACUCUCACUGUCGAUGAGGCAGUUAAAGAAGGUCUGGUAGGCCCAGAGCUCCAUGAGAAACUUCUGUCAGCAGAGAAAGCUGUAACUGGGUACACUGACCCUUACACUGGCCGCAAGAUCUCCUUAUUUGAGGCAAUGCAGAAGGACCUCAUACCCAAGAAACAUGGCGUGCCUCUCUUAGAUGCUCAGUUGGCAUCUGGUGGUAUCAUUGACCCUGUGACCAGCCAUCGUCUACCCAUUGACGUGGCCUACAAGAGGGGCAUAUUGGAUGAGGAGAUGAGUAAAAAGUUGUCCACGUCUAGCGAUGACAUUAAAGGCUUCACCGAACCAAACACAGACGAACGUGUCACGUACCAACAGCUGAGGGAGAAAUGUCGAACUGAUCCUGACACAUCACUUCUUCUGUUACCAUUGACAGAAGAGGCAACUAAACGUGUGGAUGUUCACCCUGAGGAGGUAACUAAAGAGGUUUUCCAAAAUGCUGCAGUGACUGUCCCAUCCGGAAAAUUCUCUGGCAAAACUGUCACUAUCUGGGAAUUGAUAAACUCCGAGUAUUUCACUGAGGAACAACGUCGGGACCUUAUCCGACAGUACAGGUCAGGAAAAGUCACCGUGGAAAAGAUCAUUACAAUUGUUGUUACAAUCAUUGGUGAGACUGAAGCUAAAAAGCAGCCUCACUUUGAUGGUUUGAGAGACAAGGUCCCUGCCAGUGAGUUACUCGAUUCGAAGAUCAUUGACAAGAAGACAUUUGAUGGUCUUCAGAAAGGAAAAGCAACACCAGAAGAUGUUGGCAAGGUGGAUUCAGUGAGGAGGUACCUUCAGGGGUCAGACAGUAUCGCUGGAGUGUUUAUUGAACCCACAAAGACAAAGAUGAGCUUUUACGAAGCCAUGAAGAAGAAUAUGUUGAGUCCAAGCACAGCAGAAGCCUUGCUGGAAGCUCAGGCAGGGUCAGGGUUUAUUGUUGACCCUGUGAAGAAUCGAACCCUCACUGUCGAUGAGGCAGUUAAAGAAGGUCUGGUAGGCCCAGAGCUCCACGAGAAACUUCUGUCAGCAGAGAAAGCUGUAACUGGGUACACUGACCCUUACACUGGCCGCAAGAUCUCCUUAUUUGAGGCAAUCGCAAAGAACCUUCUUCACAAGGAGCAUGGGUUGCGCCUCUUGGAUGCCCAGUUGGCAUCUGGUGGUAUCAUUGACCCUGUGACCAGCCAUCGUCUACCCAUCGAGGUAGCCUACAAGAGGGGAAUGUUGGAUGAGGAGAUGACUCGCAUGUUGUCUACUCCCAGUGAUGACAAUAAAGGAUUUUAUGAUCCAAACACAGAGGAGACCCUCACUUACCAAGAGCUGAAAGACAGAUGCAUAAAGGAUGAUACAACUGGGGUUUACCUGCUGCCUUUGAAUGAGAAAGCUGUUGCGUUGAAACCAGCUUAUGAUGAGGAACAGACAAAAGAUACUUUUAAAAAGACAACAGUCUCCGUACCUGCUGGCACUUUCACUGGGAAAACAGUCACCAUCUGGGAGCUGAUUAAUUCUGAGUAUUUCACUGAGGAACAAAGGAGGGAUCUGAUUCGACAAUACCGAUCAGGAAAGGUCACAGUUGAGAAGAUCAUCAGAAUUGUCAUCACGGUGAUUGAAGAGAAAGAAGCAAAGAAGAAACCACAGCUUCUGUUUGAUGGUUUGAGAGACCAGGUUCCUGCCAGUGAGUUACUCGAUUCGAAGAUCAUUGACAAGAAGACAUUUGAUGGUCUUCAGAAAGGAAAAGCAACACCAGAAGAUGUUGGCAAGGUGGAUUCAGUGAGGAGGUACCUUCAGGGGUCAGACAGUAUCGCUGGAGUGUUUAUUGAACCCACAAAGACAAAGAUGAGCUUUUACGAAGCCAUGAAGAAGAAUAUGUUGAGUCCAAGCACAGGAGAGGCCUUGCUGGAAGCUCAGGCAGGGUCAGGGUUUAUUGUUGACCCUGUGAAGAAUCGAACCCUCACUGUCGAUGAGGCAGUUAAAGAAGGUCUGGUAGGCCCAGAGCUCCAUGAGAGACUUCUGUCAGCAGAGAAAGCUGUAACUGGGUACACUGACCCUUACACUGGCCGCAAGAUCUCUUUAUUUGAGGCAAUGCAGAAGGACCUCAUACCCAAGAAACAUGGCGUGCCUCUCUUGGAUGCUCAGUUGGCAUCUGGUGGUAUCAUUGACCCUGUGACCAGCCAUCGUCUACCCAUUGACGUGGCCUACAAGAGGGGCAUGUUGGAUGAGGAGAUGAGUAAAAAGUUGUCCACGUCUAGCGAUGACAUUAAAGGCUUCACCGAACCAAACACAGACGAACGUGUCACGUACCAACAGCUGAGGGAGAAAUGUCGAACUGAUCCUGACACAUCACUUCUUCUGUUACCAUUGACAGAAGAGGCAACUAAACGUGUGGAUGUUCACCCUGAGGAGGUAACUAAAGAGGUUUUCCAAAAUGCUGCAGUGUCUGUCCCAUCCGGAAAAUUCUCUGGCAAAACGGUCACUAUCUGGGAAUUGAUAAACUCCGAGUAUUUCACUGAGGAACAACGUCGGGACCUUAUCCGACAGUACAGAUCAGGAAAAGUCACCGUGGAAAAGAUCAUUACAAUUGUUGUUACAAUCAUUGAGGAAACUGAGGUGAAGAAAAAGUCACAAAUAACAUUAGAUGGUCUGAGAGACAAGGUCCCUGCCAGUGAGUUACUCGAUUCGAAGAUCAUUGACAAGAAGACAUUUGAUGGUCUUCAGAAAGGAAAAGCAACACCAGAAGAUGUUGGCAAGGUGGAUUCAGUGAGGAGGUACCUUCAGGGGUCAGACAGUAUCGCUGGAGUGUUUAUUGAACCCACAAAGACAAAGAUGAGCUUUUACGAAGCCAUGAAGAAGAAUAUGUUGAGUCCAAGCACAGGAGAGGCCUUGCUGGAAGCUCAGGCAGGGUCAGGGUUUAUUGUUGACCCUGUGAAGAAUCGAACCCUCACUGUCGAUGAGGCAGUUAAAGAAGGUCUGGUAGGCCCAGAGCUCCACGAGAAACUUCUGUCAGCAGAGAAAGCUGUAACUGGGUACACUGACCCAUACACUGGUCGCAAGAUCUCCUUAUUUGAGGCGAUCACGAAGGAUCUUGUGUCGAAGGGUAAUGGGAUCCGACUCCUUGAGGCACAGAUUGCUACCGGAGGCAUCAUUGAUCCUGUGCACAGUCACCGACUGCCUGUCGAUGUGGCCUACCAGCGAGGAAUGUUUGAUGCGGAGAUGAACAAGAUUCUGUCUGAUGCUGCGGAUGACACCAAAGGGUUUCUGGACCCUAACACUGAUGAAGACCUCACGUAUCAGCAGCUGAAGGAGAGGUGCGUAACAGAUCCAGAGACAGGACUGUACCUCAUCCCAAUAAAGGACAGCCAGAUACCCCAGGUGGUUGAAAGUAUGGUGCACAGUGAGGUUGAAACAAGGGAGGUAUUUGAGAACACAACUGUGGAGCUUCCUGAAGGCACACUUGGUGGGAAGUCCAUGUCCAUUUGGGAGAUCCUGAACUCUGAGUUACUUACUGAGAAAGAGCGACUCAGGUUAACAAGGGACUAUCGUUCAGGAAAGAUUACACGUGAGCGUUUGGUUGUGGUAAUUAUUGAGAUUAUUCAGCAGGUGGAAAUCCGCAGAGGUUAUGAAAUGAUUACGUUUAAUACUUUCAGGGGGAGGAUCACAGCUGAUCAGCUUUAUUCCUCCAAAAUUAUUGACCUGGAAACACUGAAUAUGCUGAAGGACAAACGAUUAACUGUGCAGCAAGUCUGUGAGAUGGAGUCAGUCCGGAAGUACCUGUUUGGAACAGGAGCAAUAAGUGGGAUUUAUAAAUGUGCUGGGAAGGAAGUGUUAACAUUAUACCAAGCAAUGAAGAAGGGUUUGGUGAAACCUGAGAUAACUGAUGCUCUGUUGGAAGCGCAGGCUGCCACUGGCUUCAUGUUGGACCCGGUGAAGGAUAAGAGGCUGUCUGUAGAUGAGGCAGUGAGAGAAGGUCUCGUUGGUCCUGAGCUCCACGACAAACUGCUUUCAGCUGAACGAGCAGUCACUGGCUACCGAGACCCUUAUACUGGGAAGACCAUCUCACUUUUCCAAGCCAUGAAGAAAGGCCUCAUUGCGAAGGAGUAUGUGCUGAGGCUACUGGAUGCCCAGUUAGUCACAGGUGGCAUUAUUGACCCAGAAUACAGCUACCACCUUCCUCUGGAGACGGCCUACCAGCGUGGCUAUCUUGACCGUGAGACAUACAGCCUGCUGACAGACCCCACAGAGGGGCCCCAAGGCUUUCGUGACCCCAGCACUGAAGAGCCCAUGAAUUACACUCAGCUGCUGAAGCGGUGCAGGGUUGAUGAAGACUCAGGCCAUCGCCUGCUGACUCUGACGGACAGGAAGAGGUUGGUCUUUAAAGGUCUCCGUAAACAGAUCACAAUGGAGCAACUCGUUGCAUCAGAUAUCAUCACAAGUUCUGAUGCUGCACGGUUACUGGAAGGUGAAAUCUCUGUGGACCAAGUCAGCGACAGCAUCAAGAAAUACUUGGAAGGUACCAGUUGUAUUUCAGGAGUGUUUGUUGAAGCUACCAAAGAGCGAUUAACCAUUUACCAAGCCAUGAAGAAAGGAAUGAUUCGACCUGGAACAGCCUUUGAGUUGUUGGAGGCUCAAGCAGCAACUGGUUACAUGAUUGACCCCAUUAAAAAUUUAAAGUUAACUGUGAGUGAUGCUGUGAAAAUGGGAGUGGUGGGUCCAGAGUUUAAGGAUAAACUUCUCUCGGCUGAGAGAGCAGUUACUGGUUACAGAGAUCCUUACUCGAGUGAACUGCUGUCUCUGUUCCAAGCCAUGCAGAAAAAUCUGAUUCUGAAAGAUCACGGGAUUCGUUUAUUGGAAUCGCAGAUUGCUACGGGUGGGAUCAUUGACCCAGAGUACAGUCAUCGCCUGCCUGUUGAGGUGGCCUACAAACGAGGCCUGUUUGAUGAAGAGAUGAACAGGAUCCUGUCAGACCCAGGUGAUGACACGAAGGGCUUCUUUGAUCCAAACACUGAGGAAAACCUCACCUACCUGCAGCUGAAGGAGCGCUGCGUGGUCGAUUCUGAUACUGGCCUCUGUUUACUCAUUCUGAAAGAUAAGAAGAGAGAAAGGAAGACUUCAUCCAAAUCAUCUGUUCGCAAACGGCGAGUGGUCAUUGUGGAUCCUGAAACUGGCAAAGAGAUGUCUGUUUUCGAGGCUUAUCGUAAAGGACUCAUUGAUCAUCAGACUUACACAGAGCUGUCUGAACAGGAAUGUGAAUGGGAGGAGGUGACAAUCUCUUCAUCAGAUGGUGUGGUCAAGUCAGUCAUUACUGACAGACGAUCAGGAAGACAGUACGAUAUCGAUGAUGCACUGUCCAAAGGGCUGAUUGAUCAGGGUUCUUUAGACCUGUACCGCUCUGGAGCGUUAUCCAUCACGGAAUUUGCUGAUAUGUUGUCAGGAAACAUGAGUGGGUUCCGUUCAAGGACUUCCUCAGUUGGCUCCUCAUCUUCGUACACAAGCCAACAAGCAAGUCCCAUGAGAAGUCACAUGGUUGCAUGGAAUGACCCAGUGGAGGAGACGUGUCCAGUUGCUGGCAUCUUGGACACAGAUACUCUCGAGAAAGUCUCCAUCACAGAAGCCAUGCAUCGUAACUUGGUGGACAACAUCAGUGGUCAGAGGUUACUGGAGGCCCAGGCCUGUACAGGUGGAAUCAUUGAUCCCACUACAGGAGAGAAGUAUUCGCUCACUGAUGCUGUUGCUCACUCCCUUGUAGACAAGAUCAUGGUGGACAGGAUCAACCUGGCUCAGAAAGCAUUCAAUGGGUUUGAAGAUCCAAGGACCAAGACAAAGAUGUCCGCAGCUCAGGCCUUGAAGAAAGGCUGGUUAUAUUACGAAGCAGGCCAGAGGUUCUUGGAGGUACAGUAUCUGACUGGUGGCCUGAUUGAACCUGAUGUCACUGGACGUGUCUCUCUGGAUGAAGCUUUACAAAAAGGCACCAUCGAUGCCCGCACUGCCCAGAAACUGAGGGAUGUUGGCUCUCAUACAAAGUAUAUAACCUGUCCCAAAACCAAGCUGAAGAUUUCCUACAAGGAUGCGAUGGACCGAUCAAUGAUCGAAGAAGGGACAGGCCUGCGUUUGCUUGAAGCGUCAUCACAAUCGACCAAAGGUUUCUACAGUCCCUACAACGUCAGCGGAGCUGGCUCAUCCGCGGGUUCUCGAUCAGGUUCAAGAACUGGUUCUAGAACAGGCUCCAGACGAGGAAGCUUUGACGCGUCAGGAUCUGGUUACUCCAUGUCCUUCUCAUCAUCCUCAUACACGUCGUCCAGUUACGGCCGCAGAUUGGCCUCCGCUGUUCCUGGAGGGCGGGAGAUGGUGACCAUGUCCAUGAGCUCUCGGCCACUCCCUAACCCCGAUGAGGGCUCUGUGUUUACACAGACGCAGCUUCUACAAGUGUCAAUGAUGUAGCAAGACCACUGUCCCCAGGCCCCCUUCCCCCUCACCCUGCUCCACAACUAGCAGAUCACCAAAAAAACAGUCUCUGUAAAGGACAGCAAGGGACACCAUUAUUCUGAUAGAAAUAUAGGAGAGACAUUUGUUUUAAUUUUCCAUCACCUCAGUCCCUCUGAGUUUUAAAUAAUCGAGUGAUUUGAAGUUAAUCCAAUGGAAUGUAUAUGUUUGGAACAAAAAGAGACUAUUUAUCCAGAUCUGAUUAAUCUCUGUUUCCUGAUGGGGCUGAUUCUGUUGCUAUUUGUGGAGCGGGGGGUCUGAACCUGACACCACUGCUGCCAUAUCCUCAUCUUACUCUGUCAGUGGGGAGGAGUUCAAUAUCCAAACUUUGUAACUUUCUUGGUGAAUGCACUGACCCACAGCGUGCCCAGAUAUCUCGCUUUCUAUUUUAAAACAAAUAUGCUGCAAGUAUUAAGAGCUUCUCUUCCAUUGAACUAUAACAAAGACUUGAUGCUGUUUGAAAAGAAACCAAAUAUUAACAAGGUGCCGUCUUUCAAAUGUAUUGAACCAUCCUUAGACUUGGGUGUUCCAGUCUGUUACUGGACAACUCCAGCCAACUUCUCCCUGAUACCAUGUGUCUCCACUGCACUGACUGUUUUCAUGACCAUUCAAAUCUGAGUGAAUUCAGGCUCCUUCUGUAAACCAGACCAGCUCCCAAACAGCCUUCUGGAGAAACCAGCCUGCAGUUACUGACCUAGGUCCCACUCUGGCUGACAUCUCUCUGUGGACACAAACUGAUGGUGCUCACAUGGAGAUUCCUCCCGGCUGCCCUCAAUGCAGCCACUUCACAGGAGCCCCAUUGCACCUUAUUCCAGAGAGUGAUGUCAGUGACACAGUGAUGGAGAGUGAAGCAAAUCCUGACCUACCAGCAGGAGUAGCCUCCAGAAAGCUGUCACACCAGAACAUUCCGGAAUCCUAGCGGAGACCAGGACAGAGUCACAGGGGGCUCACUGUUCUUAACAGAUCAGGCAUCGCAGCCUCCACUGUCAGGAGUCAGUGCCCGGUCGUAGGGAGCUGAAACUGGAACUCAGAUACCAUCCUGUCAGCAAGAUGAACACUGUCCCAACCAUCACUUUCCCCAGCUCUCUUUGUUGCCUUUCAGUUCAGUGAAUUACUCAUCGCUUUUCUGUUGUUCAUGUAAUGUGUUUCUUGUUUUGACCUGCAUGCCUUACUAACUCAUUCAGGAGAAUCCUUCGCGUUUGAAUGAGCCUGUUUAUAUCAAACAGUGCGUUUAACACACUAACUGAUUGCAAUCCAGACAAACUCCAGGAGAUUAAACACCUCCAUCAGCUGUACAGAAGAUAAGUUGUUAAAACAAACCUUGUUGCAAGGGAAAAUUAAAAAGAUAUUAAUAUAUAAAAA